AGCUCUGCGCAGUAUAUAUACAUCUCACUCGAACGCUACCGCAACACGCUAGGAACAUUCAGUGGUCAUCGAAGUACAAGCAAAUAACUCAGCCGCUAAGCAACCGCAUACACCGCCGUCCAUGGCGACGCAGCCACCAUACGUAGACCCAAACAACCCCAAUCCCUUCUCUCAAGCCUCCUCUCGCCUCCCAGAGGACACCGUGUUCUACUCCAUCUACCCAGACACUUCCCUUUCCCAAGACUCCCUUCAGUCCCUCCACCUCCAAAUUCUCAACUCCAUUUCCCCUUUCACUUCCUCUUUCAUAUGGCAACACCAACCUUUCACUCUCACCAUUUCCUUCCAGCCUUUCCCUCACCUCCACGGCCAUCUCCGUUUCGGCGACAACCUAAACGACGAAUGGUUCACUGUUUUCCUCCUCUUCCAAAUCUCCCUUUCUUUCCCUUCCCUCUCCAUCCACGUCCAUGACUCCGAUGGCGAGUUCCUCUUGAUAGAAUCGGCUUACCAUCUCCCCCGUUGGCUUAACCCCGAAAACUCUCAAAACCGCGCUUUUAUCCGACGCGGCAAAUUCCAUAUCAUCCCCAAACGCUCCCUCCCUAAUCCAACCCUAACCGAGUCCCUGAACUUUCUAAUAGAAAAUGAACAAAUUACUCUCGCGCCGGAUUCCCUACAAUCCGUCAUUCAAAGCCGAAUCGCGGGUUAUCCGGAGAAAGCGAAACUGAACACGCAUACAGUCAGGGUUCGGGUUCCAAUGUCGGUUGCGCGUGUAUUGAAACACGCGCCUUCUUUGAUUUCUUUAGCGGUGGAAGGGUUUUAUGACCGCGAUAUUGAUUCCAUGAAACACGCGGCGAAGAUGGAACGGUUUUUAAAGGGAGGGAAAGACGAAGAUGAGAUGGUCACCAUGGCAGUUAAGAUGUCGAGGGCAAUGUACGCGCAGUUAAUGCAGCAGAAGUUUCAGGCGCCGAAGUGUUAUCCGAUGCCGAAUAAGGCUGACAUGGAGGCGGAGCUGGGGAUGAAAAUUGCUUGUGGGUUUGAGAUGAUGUAUCAGGAAAAGAGGAAGGAAGGGGAAGAAGGGAAAGGGAGUGGUUGGAAAAAGUAUAAGGAGAGUUUGGAGAAGACUGGGUAUUUCAAAGGGUUGAUUCCUGGGUCUAAAGAGUAUAAGAGGUUGGUGGAGAAUGCUGAGGAGUAUUAUAAGAAUAGUUCUUUGUUUUCCAAGACCAGUGAAAUGAUGAAUGCUCCUGUGAGACAAAUAGAUGAGAUUCUUUCUUUACCCUAUUCAGCUGAUGAUUUCAAGAAUCACGACAUUCCACCUUCGGAUGAUGAUUCCUGGCUUUACAGUGGAGAGGAUGAGUUGAACACUGCUCUCGAGGAUAGACAAAAGGAGAUGGAACUUUAUGAGCUCAAACGUAAACAGAAAAAGAAGUCAAAAGAGCAGCCGGAUGCUGGUCCAUCAUCCAACUCAAAGGAUGAAGAUUUUGAUCUUAGCGAUCUUGUGAAAACCAUGCAGGGCUUUAUCCAUAAGAUGUCAAGCUAUGAGGGAGCUGAGGUUCCUGAAGACAGAGAUCCUAAAGAAGUGGAACUUGAUGUGGAGCGCUUUAUUAAGGACGUGGAGUCAGUAAUAAAAUACCGAGGUGGUGAAGAUGUGGCUGUUGAUUUGGAUGAUGAGGAAAGCUCUUCAGACAUGGAUUUUGAUGAUUCUGAGGAUGGAAGUGACAUAUCCGAUCAUAAUGAGGAUGGAGAGGAUUCCUUCAUGCAUUCCUAUUCUGAUGCUAUGAAUGGCGAACUGAAGAGUACUACCCUCAAGAAAAGCUUCAUUCAUGGAAAUGAACUGUCCAUUAAAAAUGAGGGAACAUCGAAUGCAACAGAAGAUAUAGAUGAAGAGUUUACUCCUGUGGAUGUGGAUGUCAACCUUGUUAAAAACCUUCUUGACUCCUUUUCUUCCCAGCAAGGACUUCCUGGCCCAACUUCCAAUUUGCUUGGGCUCAUGGGUUUACAACUUCCCAAGGAUGACAGUAAGGGCAAAUGAGAUCUAUAUGCCUUUGGUCUCUUGCUCGAUUUAUAUACUUGUAUAACAGGGUCCAUGCCUCGAUUGUUUUGUGAGGUGACUCCUCUAUGGAUAUUGUAUUUAUCAGGGAUUCUCUGUAUUUAUGUGUAGCUGCUGCAUCCAUAUUGUAACAUAAGGUAGCAAGGUGCUUUGAAUGUCUAAUAUCUACCGAAAUUUUGAAGUUGCAUUUCAGGUCUUACAAUUAUUGUCUGAUUUUUGAGUCAUAUAAUAAUUUAAUAAAAGGAUUCCAGUCCUACGUAUACUUGAAUCCGGGCUUCGUGGGUUAACCCUGCCUUCUGACUCUAAACAG